CUUUAGUGGGGAGGGAGGGGUGGUGAUGGGGAUGCGGGUGCCAUGGUAACAGGACGAUUAGAUCCGGACCUUUAUAUCCAGAUUUAUUUAUUUAAUACUCAUUUCAGCGCGCCUCCGUGGACGUGCAGGCUGUCAGAGUGAGAGAAGUGAGUAUAGCCACUCUACUGAGGACCUUUAAAGGAUCAACAAGUUGUUAUACUCAAGAUUGAGGCGAAGGCUCUUAAUAUUGUGGAGUUGUGGAGAAAAGGCAGCUUCCCUAUUCCAUGUGUCGAAGACAUUUUUCUGUCCUCGGAGAAGGACGCCGCCUGGACACAAUGUCAUUGAAAGUCGGGUCAAGUGUGAAUGGAGUCUGGAGCUGCUUUAAAAGCCUGAAAUAACGCGACCAAGUUCCCAGUCUCCGCUCCAUCUGUGAGCGCUUCAGUCACGGGUGGACUUUUUUUGUGCGCUUUUCCAUCAUUUCUCCUUAGAAGCUGACAAUCCCUGCAUGCCGUGUAUUCUCUGACAGCGUGGGGUUUGUUAAGGGGCUGAUUUGACUUUUGUGCGCCCCUUCACCGUUUCUUAUAUUCCGUGCGCGUGUUUUUGCGGACGCUCGGCAUGGAUCGGUGCGCGUCGGAGUCUGAGCGCCAAUAUUGGGCGAUACUUUCUAUACCAUAACCAUCCUUCUGCUCUGGCUGACUGAAGGAGCGUGUGUCCUUGUCAUUUUUCCCCAGCAUGGAUGUUCCGACCCAAACAUCUCUUACGUAAUGACAGUGUGUUGGACGGGCGGGGAAAAAAAGCAGCAUUUUGAUAUUCAGUCUGGAAAUAGGCGACACCGACGGCCAAUGAGCGACCAAGGGUCUUAUCUACAGCAGACCGGGAAGCCGGUGCCAAUAUGACCGGCGCUGGAGCGUUGAGGGCGGCUGUGAAGAGAGGAGAGGGAGGGCCGCGGGCGGAAAGCAACCUUUCAAGGACAAGGAAGGAGGAAUGACGGAGAAACAUCAUUGAGGACAAAGAGAAAGCUGUAGAAGUCUGACUGAAAAAGAUGCAGCUGGUGGUAUGACAGAGAGUUAGUAAAAAUUUCAAUCAUUCAAUCAUCUGGGGCCAUUUCAAAGGGCACAGAGGUAAAAAUGGCCACAUUGCUGGAGAGACGGCAGGGGUGUGAGGUGAGAGCUUCAUAAGAAUGAACUCGGACUCAGAUGACCUUUUUACGUCAUCUUUUGUUUUAUGAAACUGACAGAGAUACCUUUACAUAUGUAGAAUAAUCUGGACAGGUAAUCAACGUCUACAGGUUAAAGCCCCACUCCUUCUCCAAGUGGGUAUGGAUGGAGUGGCAGGAAGUGUUGGCACCCCUGGAAGCACCGGGGGUGACACCCUGCCCAGACGGAGUGAUGGAGAGGCAAAGCGGCGCAGUAAAGGCAGCCUGCCCUCCCCUGGCUACAGGCUGUCCCAGGCCUCUCUGGAGGGAGAAAAGGGCUCCUUCUGCACAGACAGCUCUUCCAUGGGUGGACGGGGCCGUCGCCCUUCAAUCAUGAGCUCCUCCGCCAGGGAUGGCCUUCCGUUUCGUGCUGCGGGCACCCCCACCACCCCGGGGACCCUACCCAUGGCAUUACCACCACCAGCAGCCUCCUCCUCUUCCAGCUCUACACACCCUCCUCCUGCUCCUCGCUCUGUGGGCUUUGCACCAUCCCGUGCUGCCCUGGCCUCCACUUCCUCCACUGGAACUGGGGUCAUGGUGGUGGCCACUGGUGCAGAGACAACAACCACUGCCUGCAACACAACAGUAGGGACCCCUGAGAUGGCAUGCCAGUCUGGGCUUGGUGGGUUUGGCAUGGGCCUGGAUGGAGAGGACUUUAGCAACUCUAACCAGAGCACCUUCAUUCAAAGACAGUUUGGUGCCAUGCUUCAGCCGGGAGUCAACAAGUUCAGUCUUCGUAUGUUUGGGUCCCACAAAGCUGUUGCCAUGGAGCAAGAGAGACUCAAAUCAGCAGGAGCCUGGAUCAUACACCCCUACAGUGACUUCAGGUUUUACUGGGAUCUAUUAAUGCUACUCUUGAUGAUGGGCAAUCUAAUCAUCCUGCCUGUCGGCAUCACAUUCUUUAGAGAUGAGAACACGGCUUCAUGGAUCAUCUUCAACGUAGUCUCUGACACUCUCUUCAUGGUCGAUCUGGUUCUGAAUUUUAGGACCGGCAUUAUGAAGGAAGACAGCACAGAAAUACUCCUUGAUCCAAGGGCAAUCCGUCAGAAAUAUUUGAAGACCUGGUUUCUCGUUGACUUUGUGUCAUCUAUUCCUGUGGACUAUAUCUUCCUGAUGGUGGACAGUCUGGACUCUGAAGUCUACCGGACGGCUCGGGCACUGCGUAUAGUCCGCUUCACCAAAAUCCUUAGCCUGCUUCGGCUGCUUCGUCUCUCCAGACUCAUCCGCUACAUCCACCAGUGGGAGGAGAUCUUCCACAUGACCUAUGACCUUGCCAGUGCCAUGGUGAGGAUUGUAAACCUGAUUGGUAUGAUGCUGCUUCUGUGCCACUGGGAUGGCUGUCUCCAGUUUCUGGUCCCAAUGCUUCAGGACUUCCCCUCUGACUGCUGGGUGUCCAAAAACUUGAUGGUGAACGAUACAUGGAGCAUUCAGUACUCUUACGCUCUCUUCAAAGCCAUGAGCCACAUGUUGUGUAUCGGGUAUGGUGCCCAGGCUCCCGAGGGGAUGACUGAUGUGUGGCUCACCAUGCUCAGCAUGAUCGUCGGCGCCACCUGCUAUGCCAUGUUUAUCGGCCACGCCACCGCCCUCAUACAGUCGCUGGACUCAUCACGGCGACAGUAUCAGGAGAAGUACAAGCAAGUGGAGCAGUACAUGUCCUUCCACAAGCUUCCAGCUGAUCUGCGACAAAAGAUCCAUGAGUAUUAUGAGCAUCGCUUCCAGGGGAAAAUGUUUGAUGAGGAGAACAUUCUGGGAGAACUUAGUGAGCCGCUAAAAGAGGACAUAGUCAGCUUCAACUGCCGGAGCCUGGUGGCAAACAUGCCGCUGUUUGCCAACGCUGAUCCAAACUUUGUGACUGCAGUGUUGACCAAGCUCCGGUUUGAGGUGUUUCAGCCAGCUGACUUUAUUAUACGCGAAGGAACUGUUGGGCGUAAGAUGUACUUCAUCCAGCACGGACGAGUCAGCGUGCUCACCAGAGGCAACAAACAAACCAAACUCAGUGAUGGGUCCUACUUUGGGGAGAUCUGCUUGCUCACUCGUGGGCGAAGAACAGCAAGCGUCCGUGCAGACACAUAUUGCCGUUUGUACUCUCUCAGUGUGGACAGCUUUAACGAGGUUCUGGAAGAACAUCCAAUGAUGCGGAGAGCCUUUGAAACUGUCGCUGUUGACCGUUUGGACCGUAUAGGUAGGAAGAACUCUGUCCUGCUGCGAAAGUCAUCCCAGGGUGGUUCUAUUGGUAGUAGUAUGGGUCGUGGCGGGGGCCGGGGUGGAGGUGGUCCUGGCGCUGGCCUUGCAACAAGUGGUCUUGGUUCCUGUGACAGCAUGCUGGUGCAGCAGAUUGUGAAGCAUGACAGCAUGCCAGCCAUGCAGGAAACCAUUGCAGCCGCUGCAGCAGAAAGAAGUGGGAUGAUUGGAGGCAAUGGCACAGUUUCUCCCCGCCCUGUCAUCUGGGCGCCACUAGUCCAUGCUCCAUUGCAAACAGCAGCUGCUACCAGCAAUGUAGCCAUUGCUCUUAUGCACCAGCAGCAGCAACUUCAGCAGCUUCAGCAGCAUGCUCUUGGAGCGGGUUUCUUCCUGCCAUCUCCAAUGAUUUCUCCGUCUCCCUCAUCCACCUUCCCUCUUUCUCCUCCUCGUGCUCCUGUGCUGCAGCCCCUUCGCCCUUCUGUGUGCUCUCUGAUUGGGAUGAUGACAAUGGGAGGAAUGAGUGGUUUGCCCGCAAGAGGUGGAUUUCCACUCUCACCAUCCUCAAUGGGCCCUCCAGGUGGGUUAACAUCUCCACCAGUUGCUAAAACACCACCCACUUCAGCUUCUUCUGUACCAACGUCUGUUCAGCAAGGAAGGACUGUUAUCUACGGUCCCCGUUUUCAGGCUGAUCACCCCUCGAUGACAGCUGGGGCAAAUAUAACACCAACACCUGGAGGGUCAGGGUCACCACUACACAAGAUACCAGCUACCAACCCGCCUGCCUCUUCCAGCUUCACAUCAGAUGAAAUCAGGUGUCAACAGGGCGCCAAAGAGGCUCUUCUACGGCACGGGGCAAACAGCUGUCAGGGACUGCCUGCACUAGGGAGACUAACCCAGGAGGCCAGGCUGCUGUCAGCCUCUCAGCCCACUCUUCCUCACCGUUCCUGGGUCACUGUGCAGCCUCACCACCCUCCUCUUCACCGGAAGGCCUCUGGGGGGAAUUUGUUGGCAGCACCUUUUCUGGCAGGACAGCUGGCAAGAGGUAGCAGUGCAGGAAUGCUGACCAAUAACCCUUCACUACAGCUGAUUGCAAAUAUGCCAUUAACUGCACAAGUACAGGCCACAAUUCCUGUUCAGCCAGCUAUGCCACAAGUAAUCUCUGGAAACACUGGCUCUGCAUCGACACCUGCAGCUGCGCACAUCUCUCCUACACCUUUCUUCCCAUCUUGUUCCCCUCCAAAGCAAACUAGCUUCUCCUCAGCCACCCCAUCACCUACCCCUUCAUCUCCUACUUCCAUACUCACACAACCGCCUCGUCCGAAGCCAAUCCCUUCCACGUUGUCUUGCUCCUCCUCCCCAACCUCAGCAGGAGCAGGUCUUUUGUCGACACCCCGACCCAAACCGGUUCCUUCACCCUCUACCCGCUCCUCCUCUCCUUCACCAUCCUCCACACCUCCUCCAUCUGCUGUAUCUACACCAGCUCCUCUAUCUCAGCCUUAUGGGCCUAGAUCAUCACUCACAUCCUCAUCACCCCCAUCCUCUGUGCUUUCCUCUUCUCCACCACAUCCCCAGAGCCCCAGAAGCAAAGUAUCCACCACUCCUCCUUCUGCCUCUCCACUAUCUGGCCACAGCCCUACCCUGACCCCAGCUGCAUCACCAAUACCAACUCCCACCCAGACAACUCACACCCAGCCUUCUACUCCUACCCAGACACUUACUCCUACAUCUUCCUCAUCUUCUUCUGGACCCUCCUUAAGUAAAUCCCAGAGCCCCACACCUAGCCUCCAGCCCUCUGUCUCACCCAGAGGUUCUGCCUCAGGCAACCCCCCAAAGCCUCUUAACCCCCUCCAACCUUCAUCCCCCGCCUCAACAUCUCUUUGCACAAUUUCUUCAACAAAAGUCACUUUCUCAGUUCAUCCUGUGAAGCAGACCUCUCCUGUCCUUUCUCACAGUUCCACUUCAGGCUCCACCCACACUACCCCUUCUACAACAUUAUCCUCCGUAACCUCAUGUCCUGUUGAGAGCUCCUCAAACUCUUCCUCCAUUUCUACCAAUUCCUCUACCACCACAACUUCUCAUCAACAAACUUCUACCACUGCAGCCAACCAGACGGCACAAACACGCACUUCUGCCAACUCCAACUCGUCAAAAGGUGGGAAGAAGGACACUCAGCUGGCAGCCGGCAAAACAGACCCUGAGGGACUAAGGCACAAACUGCCCGCGAACAUGUAAGACAAGAAAAAACAUUACACAUGACUUUUUGUAGCCAGUGCUUAAAAGCAAAAGCAUUGGAUGUAUCAAACUUGCCACCAGGUAGCCAAUGAUAUAACAUAAAACUCCUACAUGUUGAAUUAACUCUAGGGUGUGGUUGUCUUAGAAUAUAAUGUCUUUAUGUGACUCUUAGUCAAGCAAUCAACUGAGGACAAGGAAAUCAUGGGAGUGUCAAGUUGGUCAUUUUGCUAUAAGAAGAGUCUACUGAAAACCCAAAUGUUAACAUGCGUAUUUGUUUUAGUGAUUGUUGGAGCAAGCAGGGGAACUGAAUUGAAUAAAUGCUGCACUUUAUUUACACAGAGCAGUUGGGAGUAGGCGUGGGCAGAUAACCAGUAUCAAGAUACUCAGAUUUUCUAAAGACCGUGUAAAGUAAAAUAAAUAUGGUUUCUCAGUUUGUCACACUGCAUAAAUAAGAUUUAGUAAUCACCCAAUUUGAAUGAAUUUAUAUUAUUAGAACACAACCGAGCAUAUAGAUUUAGGUCUUAACCGCAAUAAGACGCUGAAGGGAGUGUAGACUACGGCAGCUGAAUACCACGUUUUAAAGUAAAAAAAAUACAAAAGAUAUUUUAUUUUCAUUCUGAUUUUUAAUUGGAGGGGAUCAGUGGAAGCUUCACACAUGGGAAAAUUACUUACGUUCAGUGGGGAAACAGAGUAGAGUCACUUUGCUCUCGGACAGCAGACACGGGCUACAGCUGGUUCAUCUGAGUCUGUGUGUUUUGGAGGAGGGAGGGGCUCACGCACUAACUGUUCGCUGAAGUAAACUCAGACUGAUCAGUAUUUUGGGUCUUGUCACCAUAGUCUCCAACAACAUAGGAAAAAGUCACCAGAUUUGUCGCUAGCCAUAUUUUUGAAAGACAAGUUGUUUCAUGCGUCUAAAAAGGCGCUAUAUACUAUAGUGUUGAUUUGGCCACAACACAAAGGAGUCUUCGCUGAUUGCUUUUAUAUUGCUGGGCCAGCAGGGAGCAUGUCCAUGCUGAAGGCAGCUCAUGACAAAAUGAGGAUACACUUUUAGCCACCCAAAAAA